CUUUUUAGAAAACACUUUUUUUUGUGAAAAUCUCACUAUAUUAUGCUGUGUUUCGCAUAGUAGUAAUACAUCUUCAAUAUAUAUGUAUGUAUAAAUAUAAAUAUGUGUGAGAGUGUUAUUCAUCGGUGAGAUUGCACAUGUAUGAAAAUAAAUAAAUAAAUAAAUAUAUAUAUAUAGCCAAUAAUCAUUGCAUGCAAAUAUGUGUGAGAGUGUUUUCGCAAAAAGAAAGUGUGAGAGUGUUAUUCAUUGGUCACCUGCAAACGCUUGGCCGAUACUAUAGCAGCCCGUAAUUAGGCUGGCUUGGUAGUAUACUGGACUGGAGCAGCCCAUGGUCCAGUUGUAGGCUUGUUCAGACGCUGCAUGAUAUUGUGCGGACGCUGCGUAAUUGAUUGAAACAGAGUUUGGGGUCAAUCCACUUACCCAAAAUUCAUUUCCAGUCGAUUGAUCAGUAGCCAGUCCCUAGCGAAAAACACAACACUAUGCUUCACACACCUUGUGUAACUUUUUUGCAAAAACCAUCGAUAGGUGGACCUGACUUUAUUAAGUGAGUUUAUGAUAGAUGGGUCCUGUUUUUUGUCUGUGGGCGUAGCCAGCCAUCCCGAUCGUUGUCGUUCGGUCGACCUGGCCAAAAGACCGAAUCGUUACUCCUCUCUCCACCUCUUCUCCACUCUGUCUCACUUGCGCUCUCUCGCUCUGUGCUCUCUCUCUCUCUCUCGCUUUAUUUGUGCUCGUCGCCGCCAUGCCGCGCCAUGAUGUCCUGGAGUGAUAGCGACAGCACAACACUGUUGAGUACGUCAGCUCAGCUUCCAACGACGGCACCAUGAAGACACGAGAAGGCAGCAGAGAGGCGUGUUACUUUCGAAGAAAUUCUCACUGGCAGGAGGUUUCUUUGGCACCCAUCGAUUUGAGAUGACAAAUCCCACGAAACGACGUCUUGGCUACAAUUUUUGGUGCAAGGAUCAAUUAUUGAUCAACUUGUCACAUGCAAGAAAUUCUUAUUUUCAUCAAUUUUUGAAUAAAUUAGUUGAUACUUGAGAAAUAAUUGGCAACUAUAUUCGGGGAAAAAAAUAACCCAACGACGGCAACAACAAUUUUGCUGAUCCACGCAAGAGAAGCUGGACAUUGCCCUCCGUCACCAAUAAAAGAAGUGCAUCCAUCCCUUACAUGCGGCACACGAUACACUAUCAAAACCUAUCGGAGCCGGUUGAUGCCACCCGACACCCACAAUAGCGGAGGAAAUGGGCAUGGAAUGUCAACCGUGCGAGCUGUCACUAUGUUCGCCAUGCAUGUUCCCUCUUGACUUAAACACCACAGCCUAGCAUGCAUGUUCAAAAGAUCACGCACAGGCACAAUCCCAUGCAUGCAGGCAGGCAUAAUGUUCAUCCCAUGAGCUUGUUCUCCUCAGCUUGCAUCAAUCAAGCUAGCUAUAAAUAGAGCCGCACAACACCAAGUUUGCUUCACCCAUCCGUCUUCAUCCUCUCUCUAGCUAGCUGGAGAGUUCAUAGCAACCAUGGCUGCUGUUAAGCUUGCUGCCUUGGUUCUGGUAGCAUUGCUGGGUUGUGUGGCGCACACAUCCCAAGCGAGCUACGGGUAUCCCAACCCAUUGCCGCCCACCCCAAGCCCACCACCUCCCGCGGCACCCGCACCAGCAGCACUCACCGUGGGCUACUACCACAAGACGUGCCAUAACGCGGAGAAGAUCGUGAGGGAGGUCGUGGAGGAUGCUCAAAAGGCCGACCCUGGCAUCGGCGCCGCGCUCAUCCGCCUCUUCUUCCACGACUGUUUCGUCAGGGGUUGCGAUGCCUCGGUUCUCCUUGACAACACCACGGCCAACCCGCAGCCGGAGAAGUUGGGCAUCCCCAACUUCCCCAGCCUCCGCGGCUACGAGGUGAUCGACGCGGCCAAGGAGAAGCUUGAGAAGGAGUGCGAGGGGGUCGUCUCGUGCGCCGACAUCGUGGCCUUCGCCGGGCGCGACGCCACCGCCUUGCUAAUAAGCGGGAAAAAGAAGUUCAGCUUCCUCGACUUCCUAUGGGGUGGCUGGAAGUCCGGCUUCGACAUGCCGGCCGGCCGCUACGACGGGAACGUGUCCCUCGCCGGCGAGACCCUCCCCAACCUGCCCCCUCCCUUCGCCAACGUCAGCGUCCUGGAGGACAUGUUCAGGGUCAAGGGGCUCAGCCUCGAGGACAUGGUCACCCUCUCCGGCGCGCACACGGUCGGGAUCUCCCACUGCUCGUCCUUCCGUGACCGCCUCCCCCCGAACCCCUCGUCGAUGGACCCUACCUUGGCCGCAUCCCUGCAGGGGCAGUGCAGCCGCGGCGGCGACCCCACCGUGGUUCAGGACCUCGAGACUCCCGAUGACCUCGACAACCAAUACUAUGACAACGUGCAGAAACGCAACGUGCUGUUCAAGUCAGACGCCGCGCUCAUGUCAUCUGAGACGACAUCGAGAUUGGUGGACGGCCACGCCAAGGACCGGCAGGAGUGGUUGAAGCAAUUCAAGGCGGCUAUGGUGAAAAUGGGCAGCAUCGAGGUGAAGACCGAGGCCAACGGGCAGAUCAGAAAGCACUGCCGGUUUGUGAAUUAACCAGCUCACGAACGGCUGAUCAGGAUAUGGCGUGCCUUAUCUUGAGUUAUUGACUCCUCACAACGGAGAGUAAUCAGAAUAAGCUCGUGCUUUUGUGUGUGCUAGCUAAGUUACCGGUGCUGUUUCUUUUUUCCUACGAGAAUGUAUUUUAUUGGUUCAUUCUUUGUUUUAAAUCUGUAUUGAAUCUUUUCUGUG